ACUUCCAUUGCCUAAGGGACGCGGCAGUUGUAGCUGUUAGGUUUUUUAAAGCAAGGCUAUUUUGAUCCUCCGCGUAUCCUCAGAAUCAUCUACUGUCAUUCUGUAAAAUUGUUGUCAGUGAAUAAACUCGCGGAGGUCAGUGCUUCCACACUCGUGCUGCCCAAGGAUGCGUCCCGAGUCUGGCACAGAGCAGGCUCUGGGUUCUGGUUAAAUGUAUCCACAGUGCAGCAGUGCUGGACCUGCGCGCAGGAGCCCAGCCGCGGCACUCCCAGGGCAUAGCCACCAGGUGUCGCCACCAAGUCCCCGCGCGGGGCGGAGCGGCCGCUGAGUGGGAGUAGCAUGUGGACGUUCGGACGCCGCGCAGCCGCGGGCUUGCUGCCCCGGACGGCCUCCCGGGCCUCCGCCUGGGUCCGGAACCCACGCGGGAGGGAACCGAUUGAAACCUGCGGCCGCCGAGGCCUACAUGUCACAGCCAACGCCGACGCCACCCGCCACUAUCAUUUGAACCUCCACUACCUCGGUCAGAUUCUGAACAUCAAAAAGCAGAGUGUCUGCGUGGUGCAUUUGAGGAACUCGGGGACGCUGGGCAACCCAAGCUCUCUAGACGAGACAGCUUAUGAAAGACUUGCGGAAGAGACAUUGGACGCCCUGGCAGAAUUCUUUGAAGACCUUGCAGACAAGCCCUACACCCUGAAGGACUAUGAUGUCUCUUUUGGGGAUGGCGUGCUCACCAUUAAGCUGGGCGGAGAUCUAGGGACCUAUGUGAUCAACAAGCAGACCCCAAACAAGCAAAUCUGGUUAUCUUCUCCCUCCAGUGGCCCCAAGCGCUAUGACUGGACCGGGAAGAACUGGGUGUACUCCCAUGACGGCGUGUCUCUGCAUGAGCUUCUGGCCAGGGAGCUGACUGAAGCUUUAAACACCAAACUGGACUUGUCUUCAUUGGCCUAUUCUGGAAAGGGCACUUGACUGCUGUCCAGAUUCGAAGACAUUUAAAAACGAUCAGGCAAAGACCCCAGCCUCCUUCUAUAGCUGAAUGUCUGGUUUCCCAUUCCUGCUUCCGAAGAUAGUCACACUGUGUGCAACAA